AUGUCAAGCAGGGAGGCCAACAGCACACACACAGCUCCAGAGGGCCACUCGUUGUUGACCCCGUCUAUGUUCGAAGCCAUUAACAUCCUUGGACAAAGGUCCCAGCUUCGCAUCUACACGCAGAUCACUCUCGGCUACGAGACGCCAGGCGACUACCACGUCGACGACGCCGUUUCCGUCUUCAAAGCCGGACUCGCAAGGCUGGCGGCGUGUGUUCCAUGGCUUGCAGGGAGCAUCGAGGACGAGAACGGCGUCACCGGGAUCUCUAGCACCCCCGGCGAAACCAUCAGUCUGGCAGUGGAGGAUAUGCGACAGGAAGAAAGCACCCCCUGUUUCGCAGAGCUGAAGCGGAUGGGGUUCCCAGCCCGGUUCUUCAGCGAGAAGCACUUCUGCUCCAGAAUGACGAUUCCAGGCACGCACGGCGAGACUCUCGGUGGAGACGAGCCUGUGUUCCUCGUCCAGCUGAACAUCGUCGAUGGCGGCAUCUUCCUGUCGUUCAUCGCGUCACACGCUGUCCUGGAUAUGGUCGGCCAGGCCUCCGUUAUGCGGCUCUUAUGCGAGCUCUGCGACCCGUCAAAGAAACCCUCGCAUGAGGCGCUUUUGAACACGCAGUUGAAGCGAUCCACAAUCCCUAUCAUACCAGAUACCCCAUCAAUGGCUGCCGCUGAGGAACUUUUCAUUCAAAAGCCGAUAUCUGUCGCCCCAGAAGACCUUUCGGGCGCUUGGAGAUACUUCGAUUUCACCAAGGAAAAGCUCGAAAGGCUCAAGACAGCCUGUGCAAAAGAGAUCACAGAAACACCUUUCAUCUCGACUGACGACUGUUUAUGUGCCUUGAUAUGCAAGACCGUGACAAGAGCACGCUCAAACAGAGUCGACCCGUCCCGUCAUAUGAAGUUCGCUCGGGCUGUUGACGCACGAAGUCUUUUCGAGCAAGACCCACACCAGAUAGGGGUGUGUUUAAACAUGACGUUCAACAGGUGGCCCAUCAGGGAGGUCACUGAUCAGCCCCUAGGGGUACUCGCCUCACAGCUCCGAGGUAAACUCUCUGACCGUGUGUACCUGAGGGAAACAGUCAUGGUGUUUGGGUCAAUGCUAUCCAGAGCAGGCGAAGCUGGAACUGACGGGCCCCUGCUCUCUAUGGCUGGCACUGUCGACCCCUCUGUCGACGUACAGAUUAGCUCGUGGUCUAAACUAGACUGUUACGAGAAUGAUUUCAAUCUCGGUCUCGGCAAUCCAACAGUCGUGCUACGCCCAACAUUUGUUCCAGUCCCGGGGUUGGUCUACUUCCUACCUAGGCGCUCCGAUGGCGGAGUGUCUGUAACAUUAUGUCUGCGAGACGACGAUAUGACACAGUUUGUCAGCGACCCUCUGCUACUUCUCUACGGAACCCCAAUAGAGUAG